GCGUGCUAUCUAUAUGAACCGCCUCACGGCCUCACGAAGAAGGGCACACCAAGGCACUGAGAUAUCCGCUCCGUUUCCUGACCCAGCUCGCUGUCCACGACAUUCAAGAUGUGUCCGGCUCGGUUCAGUGGAGGCACCGUGAAGUGUCGUUGGACUGCGAAUAAUGAUGACAAGAAACGUAGAAGCCUACCCUCCAAUGACUAUGGAGCGAAAUCCUCUAGCAUAUGGGCCAUAGUCAUAGGAAUAGACCACUAUCACGGUCUGCCCGCGCUGCAAGGCGCCGUCAAGGAUGCACGUGCCAUGCGCAACUACUUCGUCGACGAGCUCCGUGUCCCAGAGUCUCACGUCGCCCUUCUUCUCGACCAUACUGCCACUCGCCGAAACAUUCUCGACACCUUAUACAGUCAUUUCUGCGACAACAAGAAUGUACGAUAUGGGGACGCCAUCGUCAUUUACUACGCCGGACUUGGGACAACCUAUGAUACCUCUGCCACAGACGGUCAUGGGGACAGCCUAGAAGCCAUUCUUCCCUCUGAUCGCGGCAUGUCCGAAGAUAUGUCCACCUCCGACAUCAUCACCGACAUCAGUGACCGCGAAAUCCAGCUAUUCCUCUCCGAACUGCGGGAUAUAAAGGGAGAGAACAUCACUGUUGUUAUGGACUGUUGUUUUUCCCCUGGAAUCUCGCAAGCGGAUGGGGUACGGAGUAGAUUUGCUCCUGCACUUCCUGGCUGUGCAAGGAGCAUGCUUCUCGCGGCAGAGGACAACCCACGGAAACGAUGGCCCGACGGUCGCGCAUUGGAUGGUCGAUGGAUUCCUGACCCAUCCUCCUACGUCGCCAUUCUCGCUUGCCACGACUCCGAAAUAGCGGAGGAUACUGCGGAGGGUGGCGCAUUUACCAAGGCUCUACUUCAGACACUAGAAAAUGCGCCUAUAUACAAUAUGACUUACACUGAUCUCAAUCGUCGCUUGAUUGAGAUGGGUCAAGAACUCCAUCAGACACCGUUCGUCACUGGACGUAACAAGGACCAGCUAAUAUUUCAGAUUGCCUGUCUUGUAAGGGUGAGGCCGCGCUGGAUGAAGAAUGCUAGCAAAACUCGGAAGUUUCUCGUGCCAUCGCGUCAGUGAUGUAGAUUUGGGAGGUUUGUGGCUUCUGACCACAUUCGCGCUAUGUCCUUCCAAUUGACUUCCAUGAAGUCGACCGUUCGAGCGUUGACGUUUCCCGCCGUUUAACGGUCGAUGCAUCUCUUCGUAAACCGCCUGGAUCUCACACGCAGGAAGCUCGUUAUUCUACGCCCCUUGAGCCCUACUAAUAUCUGCUCAUUGUCUGUAAAUCUUCCUUGAUGAUGCGUGUACUUGUAUUCAUGAUUUCGUGGCCUGUAUAUUUUAUUCUCAUUCUCGUUUACGGCAUGGCACCAGGUUAUUCUGUACAAUCAAGCAUUCCUGUCAUUUCAUCUACUUGGAACAGCCCCAUGUUCGGAAACCAUAUAUGAAAAAAGU